AUGAUAAGUUUCUUUUCUGCUCAAGAACACAACUCCACAACGAUUAGAAGGCAGGAAGAAGCUGAGAGCAACAAGGAAUUGCAAGAAUCUUCUUAUGUGCUACUCAAGUCUCCAACAACAGCCUUCUUACCAAUUUUGCAAGGAAACAUGGAUGCAACCUUGUUUACUAUCUCCAAGCAUGCUACAAGCUCAACUUAA